UGUCACCCGCCGGGGUUCACACCCCCAGACCCAGGCGUGUCUGUCACCCGCCGGGGUUCACACCCCCAGACCCAGGCGUGUCUGUCACCCGCCGGGGUUCACACCCCCAGACCCAGGCGUGUCUGUCACCCGCCAGGGUUAACGCCCCCAGACCCAGGCGUGUCUGUCACCCGCCAGGGUUAAUGCCCCCAGACCCAGGCGUGUCUGUCACCCGCCGGGGUUCACUUCCCCAGACCCAGGUGUGUCUGUCACCCGCCGGGGUUCAUGUCCCCAGACCCAGGCGUGUCUGUCAACCACAGGGGUUCACGUCCCCAGACCCAGGCGUGUCUGUCACCUGCCAGGGUUAACGCCCCCAGACCCAGGCGUGUCUGUCACCCACAGGGGUUCACGUCCCCAGACCCAGGCGUGUCUGUCGUCUGCUGUGGUUCACACCCCAGACCCAGGCGUGUCUGUCGUCUGCUGUGGUUCACGCCCCCAGACCCAGGCGUGUCUGUCGUCUGCUGUGGUUCACACCCCAGACCCAGGCGUGUCUGUCACCCACAGGGGUUCACACCCCCAGACCCAGGCGUGUCUGUCACCCGUCGGGGUUCACACCCCCAGACCCAGGCAUGUCUGUCGUCCUCUGGGGUUCACGCCCCCAGACCCAGGCGUGUCUGUCACCCGCUGGGGUUCACGCCCCCAGACCCAGGCGUGUCUGUCACCCGCUGGGGUUCACGCCCCCAGACCCAGGCGUGUCUGUCACCCUCAGGGGUUCACGCCCCCAGACCCAGGCAUGUCUGUCACCCGCUGGGGUUCACACCCCCAGACCCAGGCGUGUCUGUCACCCGCUGGGGUUCACACCCCCAGACCCAGGCGUGUCUGUCACCCGCUGGGGUUCACACCCCCAGACCCAGGCGUGUCUGUCGUCCACAGGGGUUCACACCCCAGACCCAGGCGUGUCUGUCGUCCUCUGGGGUUCACGCCCCCAGACCCAGGCGUGUCUGUCGUCCUCUGGGGUUCACGCCCCCAGACCCAGGCGUGUCUGUCACCCGCUGGGGUUCAUGCCCCCAGACCCAGGCGUGUCUGUCACCCGCUGGGGUUCACAGACCCAGGCGUGUCUGUCACCCGCUGGGGUUCACACCCCCAGACCCAGGUGUGUCUGUCACCCGCUGGUGUACACGCCCCCAGAUGAUUCCAGAUACAAUUUAACGCUGCUGAUCAGUGACUGGGCAGAGGAACGAAUGGGAAACACAGCAGACAGGAGUGAGCUGUUGCAAUUGGUGAGGAAUCUUUCCAAUGAUUUGGAUGAGGAACGGUGGGUUAGGAAAUUUGCAGAUGACCUGGUGUAGUUGUGGACGGUGUAGAAGGUGGUUGUGGGUUACAAUGGGACAUUGACAGGAUGCAGAGCUGGGCUGGAAAGUGGCAGAUGCAGUUCAACCAGGAACUUGUGAAGUGAUUCACUUUGGAAGACUGAACUUGAAGGCAGGAUUCUUAGCAGUGUGGAGGGACGGGGGUCUUGGGGUCCACAUCCUCCAAACCCUCAAAGUUACUGUGCAAAUUGAUGAGGGUAAUUUUCGAUGAUCUUGGAGUAGGUUAAAAGGUCGGCACAACAUUUUACUGUGCUGGAGUGCUCUAAGCUGCCCUUCAUUAGGUGGAGGGGUGGGGCUGAGUUAAAGCCCUGUGUGGGAUCUGGUGAGUUUUUUGAUUCCCCAACUUUUAGGAGACCAAGAAUGAAUGAAAAUUUGCUGCUUUAUAGUAAUUUAUUUUAAAGUUUAAACUAAGAUACAAAGAUUGAGCCUUUGCAAAACCUGGCACCUUUAUACUGCAGUUCAGACACAGUCGUAAGGAACCAAUAAAAAGUAACGUCGUCAGGGCUCGUGUGUCACAUGCUAAUCCUCAGCCAAUGAAAAAUAAAAAGGUGGCAAGCUGCUAUAUCACUUUCCUACCAGCAGGUGGGGACAACACACCAGAAAUAGUUUUGGUCAAAAACCAAUGCAAAGAAUGUAAACAAGACUGAAAGAGUACAGGGAAAGUUCAGAACGAGGACCUCAGCUAGAAGGAAUAGGUUAGGGUUUUAUUCCCUUCAGAAUAAGGGGAGAUUUGAUAGAGGUGUGGAAAAUUAUAGAAAUCUGGAUCGGGUAAAUGCAAGCAGACUUUGCUGAGUGGGGUUGGAGGUUCUGGGUGAAGGAUCAAAUGUUUCAGGGGAACCUGAGGGUGGUGACAGUGUGGAAUGAGUGUCCAGUGGAAAUGGUUGGAGCAAGCUUGAGUUCAAUAUUUAAGAGGUUUGGAUAAGUACGUGGAUGGGAGAGGGCUGUGGCCCAGCUGUGGCUCGAUGGGAUGAGACAGAAAAGAAGGUUGGGAUGGUUUGAUGUGCCAAAGUGCUGUUGAGCUGUUUAUAGUGUGGGCUUAAUACGUCAGAGCCAAAGCCAUCUUCUAUUCUGUCCCUUCUCCCGUUGGCCAGACAACAUAAUCAAAUACCCCACCCACACCGGACAUUCUCUCUACCCCCACCCCCCCCCCCCCCAUCGGGCAGAAGAUACAAAAGCCUGAAAGCACGUCCCACCAGGCUCGAGCACAGCUUCUACCCCGCUGUUAUCAGACUAUUGAACGGUCCCCCAGUACGAUAAGACAGCUUCUACCCCGCUGUUAUCAGACUAUUGAACGGUCCCCCAGUACGAUAAGACAGCUUCUACCCCGCUGUUAUCAGACUAUUGAACGGUCCCCCAGUACGAUAAGACAGCUUCUACCCCGCUGUUAUCAGACUAUUGAA